GCUCGUUAAUGGGGCUUGCUCCCUAUCACUGUGGUUCUGUGAAGGACCAGAAGAAGUCACCCAGGAAGGGCCAGGCCCACACCCCAACCUCAAGCCAGUACUUAGAGCAGAGUAACUUUCAAGAAUCUUUUCUUCCUGGUUACUUGUAUGUAAAAGACCCUAUACUGUGGUAAGAUACCCAGAGAUGAGCAGAAGCCUCCAUGCCCAUGUGCCCCGAUUCCAGGCUAAUCAGCACUUAAGAGGCCAGUCUAGGAACAUAUCAUCCCUCUAUGACAAGGAUGUAAAUGUAAAGGAUUCCUGUAUCAUACUGUGGUUAAUCUUUAUUUUGGUCAAUCCCACUGAAGCCUACUGUGAAAAAAAGAAUGAGAAUGUUGAUAGAAUAAUGCCCCCUUUCUUUUUUUACCUUCUCUCUCACUCUCUCUAGUUUCAUUCCCCAUAAAUACUUUCCUUUAAAAUUUUCAUAAUGCUAACAGGAGAAGUGGGUACAGACAAGAAGGAACACAGGCCCUGAGUGUCAGGGACACAUUGCCUGUAGUGGAAGGACUUGGGGUCUUUCCUGGUAGUAGUUUACCUGUUGCCCAAAGAAAUGCCAGUGUUACCAUGUGACAUCCAAUGGAAUGUGCUGCUCAACUCACUUCUUACUAACCCUCAGCAGGAUCCAAAACUACUCCUCCCCACCAUCACCCAGCUCUUCCUUCCCAUUCCCUUUCUGUCCUGCUGGCUUCCUUCCUUAGCCCACCUGUCCUUGCCCCCUGGCUCCCUUUUCCUCUCACUCAUAAGAACAACUAUGACCAAGGAGACAAGAAAAGCUAAGACCAUUUUUUAUCUGAGAACAACACAAUCCACCAUAGUCCUGUCAAAGGCCACCAUGGUGGGAUGGGCUGCAUGUGCCAAGAGUGAUGGGGAAUGAUUAUAACGGCUGUGUUCCAGGUAACCAAUCAACCUGCCCACCCAGUCGACACGCUCUCUCUCUUGUUGUCCCUACAGGAAAACCAUAAGGGUUAAAAUAGUAGAUGAGGAGGAAUACGAAAGGCAAGAGAAUUUCUUCAUUGCCCUUGGUGAACCGAAAUGGAUGGAACGUGGAAUAUCAGUCAUCCAAUUGCCACUGUCCCCUGCAUUUCCCUCAACUGUCCAUCCCUGUACUGUAGCCUGUAAAUGUGAAAACUCCUUGAUGGGUGGGAAAGAAAAAAAAAAGGAAGUAAUGUGAUAUGUUGCAUGCCUAUGACCCUUUCCUGCCCUUGUCCCUGCCAACCCCCACUCUCUAUCAGAGGCUGAAUGGGGAAGGGGAGGGUCAGGGAUGGGGCUUGGGGUUGCCAUGAUUCUCUGACAGUUUUCUGCUGCAUUCUUCAAGCUGAAUGCUUGCCAGGCUAUUCACUUGCAGAGUGGCCCAUAGGCCCUCUACCCUUCAUGGAGGUAAGUGCAUUAUCUGCCUAUUUCCCAGUUGGGAAGACCAUGGCAUGGGGAGGUACACCAAUUGCCAGAGGCCACAACUUCCAAAAGUGAGAAAGAUGGCUCUUGAAGUAGUCCUACAACCUGGAAUCCUGAGCUAUUCUUCCUCACCUUGGCAUCCCACCCACCCCCCUCUUCUCAUUUUUAUAACCCAAGGUAGGGUAUCUUAUUCAGACUACUUUGGGAUAAUGCAACCUCUAAAGCAGAAAAUUGAGAGUUUGUGAGAGAAGGAAGUAUUCAGGUAUGAAAAUUUCCCUAAUCAAUGGGCCUUGGUAAAGAACUUACACUGUGAAGGUCUAGAGUAUUGACUCAGAAGUUUUCCAAAAGCAUAAACUAAUGGUAUAGUGGUGCUGAUCCCUGAGGGACAGCUGACGGAGGCAGCUGAUGGAUGGUUCAUGGACACCUGCCUUUGCUUGGCAUUUGCAAGUGAGAACAUCAUUCAUAUCCCUAGAUUCCACACCAGAGCAGUGCCCUCUCUCCCUCUUUCCUCAGGACAUACAUCUCAGCAUACCUGCCAGGGGUUCAAUCCUAAAAGGCUGACUGGGUUGCAACCAGGGGACAUGUAAGGAAGGAUUUCUUCCCUUGAAGAAAAUGAUUGGAAGCCACCAGUUUGAAAGUGUGGGAGUAACAAAUGUGUGAAUCAGUAAAGAGUGCCUUUGGGAGGUCCCAAGAGAAGAACAUUUUGGUUCCCCUUCAAGAGAGAUAUGCUUGCAGAGAAUGCAACAGUGAAAUCCACCUAUUUGUCCAACAGGGCUGAUCAUUCUGCAACUACUCAUAGUCACAUGGCAGGUAGCAGCAGAAAGCUGACAGAUCUAAGAGAUUCAGCAAUGACACUUCCAGAGCUUCUUUACAGGUCUUCUUCUCAAACCUGAUUGACCAUAAUCAUCAUCAUUUGGAGAUUAUCUGUGGGGAGAGCUAACAGGAGAAGAAGCCCUUUCCAUCUGCCACUGAUCACCUUCCUCUUGUUCACCAAAUAAGAUGUUGCCAUGAGCCUGACUGCCAGGCAGUGCAGAAGAAAGAAGAUGUCUCUCAUUUCAUUACUUCUCAAUCUUUCAGUUCCUACCACCGAUAUAAUUGUCAGAAAUCAUCUCUGCAUAUGCCCCACCUCAUUCUCACCUCUGUUAUGCGUAUAGUUCACAUCUUCAUGAUUGGCUAGAAAUAGAAGAUACCUAAGACUCACAUCACCAAUUUCUAUAUUCCCAGCUACUUAGAUGCAGAUAAAAGCAGGGUGGCUGGAAGGAAGGCAGAAGCUCCAAACAGGAGGAAGGAAUUAGAAAUUCAUUCACGCCUUUAUUCUACCAGUAAAGAGAUAUUCUUUUCUGCCUCAUGUAAGAGUCCCUACAAAUAGCAGGACAGAGAACAACAUAAGAGAAGUCCUGGGCUUUUCAAGAGACCUGACCAAAUGCAAAUACCUGCGACUACUCCCCAUUUGAGGACACCUUCCUUUUUUUACAUUGGAUUCUUUGUCUAUGGAGAUUCCAGCAAAACCCUAGUGGAGCCUAGUCCUGGGGAAGGAAAUAUGGGAGAAGAAGAGCAGUUCAAGCAAGCUAUUUUUGUGGCAUGGUCACAGAUCUCCCAAGGGACCAGAUGCCACGAUCAAAUCUUCCAAUCCAAAAAUUUUCACUUUCCCAACCUCUUGCCCUAUGGUCUACCAGGCUAAUUUUCAGUUUCUUCAGUUCUUCCCAGAUAUUGGCAUCAGACCAUAAGGUGAAAGGUCAUAAAACCUGAUCGUCUAGACUGAGAAUCAAAUGAAAAUCCAUCCUGAUUUGCAGAAUUCCCUGCUGUUCUCAGAGUGAGAGGCAGUGCAGUUGAAAUUGCUUUUCAUUAUCACUGCUAUAUAGGAGAGUCUUAGGCAUUUAGAAUGGCAUAGUCUCUGCAUGGUCAAAAUAGCAAUUGCAUUUUAAAAAAAAAAGGACUGAAUUUGAAAUAGGAGACUUUUUCUGGGUAAGUCAAACAGAUUUCAGAUGUGAUAUGGAAAGUUCUGAACAAUUUGGGGUAAGUCAAAAAGGAAGGAUGAGUAGGAAACACAGUUUCCCUGGAGUAGAGUAAGACCUGGUGUCUAGAAGCAGACUUUUGAAAGCAUCAUUGUCAGGGCUGUUGGAUCCAGGCCUCAACAGAGGGAGUGUCAGGCAGGAAAGGAAAACAUUGCCCCCCUAAAUGGGGCAGCUUGUUCCUCCUCUUUCCACAGAAACUCACCUUGACAAGUAUUUCCUAAUUAUUCACAGCACUAUAUUCUUUCCUACUUGUCCCUGGAGUGUCUGACACUGGGGAAAGUUCAGCUUCACCUUCUCUCAUCACCCGCAUUAGGAAAAUGCCCUGGAGGUAUUGGGUAAUUCAAAGCUGGCCUACCUGGAUCUUGCAAAUACAGCUGUGACUGCUUAGUGGGAAGUCUCAGAUUCAUGAAGAUGAAGCCUAGAGAAUGUCUGGCCUGCCUGGGCACACUAAUAUGUUGGGAUCUCCAGCAUCUGCUGAAACUUGGGGGCCAGAAAGGCUCUGCCAUGCAGUCCCAUGGAAUGAACAGAAUAAACAAUCUCCUUUGAUAUCUAUCUCAAUGUAACGGGGAGAUCCAUUGGUCCAUUACAUCCUUGGUCUAAAUGGAAAAUACCAGGAAACGUCAACUGCUGUUCACCUACUUAUAAGCUAUGCAGAUUCUGAGUCUUCAGUGACUGUGACUAUGGGAUGAUGCAUCCCAGGUUUGAGUUGCAUAGCUAGAGAUUAUUAGAAGGAACAAUUGACAGACAUCUUCCACAUAUAUACACGUAUUCUUUCCUUUCCUCGUCAAUCUCCAUCAGUCACCAGAUGCUCCAGGGGUACAUGGCAGGGUGUUUCCAGACUUUCAUCUGAGAAGUGCCAAAGAAUAAAAUGUACUAUGACACCAUCAAGAUGAAAAUGCGAUGUGUCAUAGGAUUUUUUUUUUAAUUUCUGGGCCUUGAAGUCUAAGAAAGUUUAGUACUUACUACAAAUUAAGUGGCUUGGGACAACCUUUUAGGUAUAUCUUUAACUCAGUUUCCAAGGUCAAUCUACAGAUCUUGUAUUUAUCAUCUCCCAUCUCCUUGUAGUUCUUGGUAUGACAGUCUCUCUGUUCCAGAGUAUCUAAUACUGAUUUCACCUGCCCUGCCCUUUCUGGAACAAAAAGAUCACCACACAGAGAUGUAGCAUCAUAGGAUCUAUCGAAAAGACAAUUGCCAAAAUAGACAGCAAACAACAAACCUUUAUAGAACACUACUAAAUGUGGGGACUUUGCUGGGCACAGGCAGCACAAAAUGGGAUGUAGCUAUAAAAGAAGACAAACCAUUCUAGGAAAGCAUACUAUAGGACUUGUCUUUUCACAAUAUAUUCUUUUAGGAGAGAUCACAUGGUAGCUAGGAUACCAUUUGUGGCUACAGUAACCCUCUAAGCACUGAGAAAUGGAACAUGAUCUAAUUGCAAGGUUAGAGUUAGCAUCACAGAAGUGUGCACUGUUCCACUCUUGUUCCCUGCUACCUGGUGUCCUGAGCUCCCAUUCAAGCCUGAUGGUCAUACCACUUAUAAGCCAGUUACUCUAACAGGGUUGUGACCAAAACAGUUUCAUCAUAACUGGAUUCUCCUUCUUUUCAGAAUGGAUCACAAGUGACCAACUCAGUCUCUGUCCCACCCACUUGAUUCCCCCAUCCCUAGCUCUCAGGGUUUCAGGGAAGAUGUGGGAAUAACUUUCCUGACUGCCUGGCAGCCUUUCAGCUGCUAACAGGUCUUGCUGCUGCAGUUGCUGGCAUGCUCCAAAUGCUGCUUUGUGCAUGUAUUCCUGAGCUCUCACCUACUAAGCUGACUGCUUUCCUUGUGCUCCCAGAACAUAGCCUGAGGAUACUUUCAAGAUGGGACCUUAAUGCUCUUUCCUUUUCUUUCUUCCCUUUGUCUGGUAUCCAUUUGCAAACAGCGCUCCUGUUAUCUCCAGAGGUGACAGACAGGAAGCUGACUGUGGAGGAAGAGGAGGCCAAGAGGAUAGCAGAGAUGGGAAAGCCAAUAUUGGGUGAACACCCUAAACUAGAGGUCAUCAUUGAAGAGUCCUAUGAGUUCAAGACUACAGUGGACAAACUGAUCAAGAAGACAAACUUAGCCUUGGUUGUGGGGACCCAUUCCUGGAGGGACCAGUUCAUGGAGGCAAUCACUGUCAGUGCAGCAGGGGAUGAGGAUGAGGAUGAAUCAGGAGAGGAGAGGCUGCCGUCCUGUUUUGACUAUGUCAUGCACUUCCUGACAGUCUUCUGGAAGGUGCUGUUUGCCUGUGUGCCCCCCACAGAGUACUGCCAUGGCUGGGCCUGCUUCGUCGUCUCCAUCCUCAUCAUUGGCAUGCUCACCGCCAUCAUUGGAGACCUGGCCUCCCACUUUGGCUGCACCAUUGGUCUCAAGGAUUCAGUCACAGCUGUUGUUUUUGUGGCAUUUGGCACCUCUGUACCAGAUACAUUUGCCAGCAAAGCUGCUGCCCUGCAGGAUGUGUAUGCAGACGCCUCCAUUGGCAACGUCACAGGCAGCAAUGCUGUCAAUGUCUUCCUGGGUAUUGGCCUGGCCUGGUCCGUGGCUGCCAUCUACUGGGCCCUGCAGGGACAGGAGUUCCAUGUGUCAGCUGGCACACUGGCCUUCUCUGUCACCCUUUUCACCAUCUUUGCGUUUGUCUGCAUCAGUGUGCUCUUGUACCGACGGCGGCCGCACCUGGGUGGGGAGCUUGGUGGCCCCCGUGGCUGCAAACUUGCCACAACGUGGCUCUUUGUGAGCCUGUGGCUCCUCUACAUACUCUUUGCCACGCUAGAGGCCUAUUGCUACAUCAAGGGGUUCUGAGCCACAAAAUAAGGCCUCCUUCAGGGCAGGUCUUGGACUUUUCCCAAGAGAAGGGCAUUUCCCACCAGUGACCUUUCCAGGCUGAGCAACCCUGGAGAGGCAGCAUCAGCACCUGAGCCCCAGGAACCGCACCUGACGUAGGCCCUGGCAGUCCACUGAAAUGGCAAAGUCUUAAUCGCGCAGAAUGGAGGAAACACUCACUUUCCAAAGUAUUUAAAUACAAACCAACAGCAACAAAUCCACCUCUAUCCCAUCCUCCCACUCAUGACUCUGAUCCACAGUGAAGAUCAGACCCUUCUGUUCUGCCUUCCAACUAUUCCUUUGCCUCUAGUUUAUUUGGGGGUGCAAUUUCUCUGUCCAGUGUGAUGCCUGUGAUCUCUCUUUCUGCUGGUGAGGCAUGAGAAUGAUUCACAUCCACAUGGCUGGUUUGGGGUGCUCUUUUCAUUGCAGUCAUUACUGUGGUUGCCUUCGUUUUCCAUCAGGUUUUGCUUAUUGUCUUGUCUUGUUUUGUUUGUCUUGUCUUUCUGAAGUCAGUGACAAAGGUGCCCUGAAGGGACUCCAGCUCUGAGCUGACAAAUAGAGGCAUGAACUUUCAGACUCAUACCCUCCCAUUCUCACUGGGUCUCAGCCACCUCUUUGCUCCAUCUCCUUUUUACUGUGAGUUCUUUGGAGAACUGACAGCAUUUGAGAGGAAGUAAGCUCACAUACCAACUUGGGGAGAAAGAGAAGCUUUAUCUACUUGCAUUGAACUCAAAUCAAAACCACAAAGCAAUUAAGCAAUUAUCAUCUUCCAUGUCCUGGAUGUGUCCGUGUCUAUAUGUGUGCCCUUCUUGCAGAAAGACCACCAAGUGUGAAAUAUGGGACAAAAAGAGUAAUGGCACACUACAAAGGGCAGCUGGGGAAACAAAAGGGGCACAUGCCUUCUCCAAUAUCCUUGGUUUUGUAUCAGAAGCAGGAGAAAAGAGGUGUCCAACUAGCGAGAUCUUUAAGGAAAAAGAUUAUAUUUAAAAUGUCAGCGUUUCUGAGAAAUGUCAGCAUCACCACCCUCUUACUUGCUAGUGCACUAUACUAAGAGGGCUGACUAAAUGCUAGAAUUUGGAGGUUUGUAAGAGAACAGGGGUUCCUUUCUCCUCUCCUGGCCCUCGGGCCACAUUUGAAAGCAUUUUCACAAGAUAGGAACUGGAAUUCCUCAUUUUUCCAAGUUUCUACUUGCUUUUAAACUCACAAAGCUCUUUUUCCAUCCUGUGGGACAUUUCUAGCCACCCCCCAACCAGAAUCCUAGUCACCAUAAUUCCAUGAAACCUGGGUUUAUAGAAAAAGAGAUUGACAUGCCCUAUGGACCUUUUCCCAAUAAAUUUUGAAAGAACCUGGCUUUAAAACACACAUACAAACACCAAUAAACACACAUACAACAUCACCACAAAACUGCCCACAGGUCUUUAGGCUUUCUGCAUUGACAUAAAUACAUUUUCUAAGGGGGAAAAAUUAAAAAAUACAACACCUGUUUAAUUUUAAACACGUUUUUUAAGAAAAAAUAACUAAAAAAGAAACAGUGCUUGUGUCAUAAGGUAUGUUGACAGUUGCCAGUGGAAAUGUUGGGUUGGUUUACAAAAAUAAAAGCUCUACUUAUAUCUCUCUACAUACAUCUUGAUUUUCCUGUGUUUCUUCAGUGACUGGUCCAGGGGUCUCUUCUGAAGCAGGUGCAGUUGAGGCGAGAGUGUCAUCUUCUAUCACACUCAGGUGCUAAUAUGCCAGACAGUAUUUUUUAAGCAAAAACAUUUCAGGGAAAUUCCAUCUGUCAAAACAUGGACUUUACAAAGUGGGGGACAUUAGCAGUAAAAGCUGUGAUGAUACAGAAAAAGAUUUUUGUAUUAGAAAGAAAUCAGGCUUCCAGCUAGGAAAUCAGUGCCCCGUAUUUAUUUGACAGACAUAAAUUCAACACUUAUUUGCUCAUUCAUGCAGUAAACACACUUUGAACACUUUCCAUGUGUUGAGCUAUAUUUGGGUGAUACAAAGGAAAGUAAGAUACAGUUCCUGAUCACAAGAAAAAGUUCAGAAAAAGGAAGCAAAACUUCUUUUAAUUAAGUUUCUUUGGGUUAUAGAAACAGAAACCAAUUAAAACAGUUCAGAGAAAUAGAGGAGGACAGCACUGUUAAGGCGCUUGGUAAGGGGAUCUUAUGUAACCCAAAGCAAGAAGCAUAGCCUGGCCACAGGGGUCUAAAAGCCUUCAGGAAUCAAGGCUACUCACCUUGAUUCAAUCAAGGCUACUGCCUC